CCCUCCCCCCAGUAAGCAGAGAAGCAAGCUCCACCAGAGCAAACAUCGCCAAACUGGGGAAGCGCAAACACGAGAACGGAGACUUGCCUUUCUCCCCUAAGAGAACUAUGACCGAUACCAAAAUGGCUUCAGGCAUACCCGAGGUCGAUCUGGUCACCCGAGUCCAGGUCGACAACUCCGUCGUUGGCCAAAGCGAGAUCGAUGAAUCCCUCUACAGCCGACAACUCUACGUCCUUGGCCACGAGGCCAUGAAGCGCAUGGGCGCUUCAAAUGUACUUGUGGUUGGUCUGAAGGGCCUUGGUGUUGAGAUUUCCAAGAAUAUUGCUCUUGCUGGUGUCAAGAGCCUAACCCUAUACGAUCCGACGCCUGUCGCCAUCGCCGACCUAUCCUCACAAUUUUUCCUCCGCCCAGAAGAUGUUGGCAAGCCUCGCGAUGCUGUCACAGCCCCUCGCGUUGCUGAACUCAACGCCUAUACACCCGUAAAUAUCCACAGUUCGCCUAGUCUCGGCGAUGACUUCUCCCAGUUCGACAAAUACCAAGUUGUUGUUCUAACCAACUCUCCCCUCAACCUUCAACUAGCCAUCGGAGACUACUGCCACUCAAAGGGCAUCUACUUUGUAGUUGCGGAUACCUUUGGGCUGUUCGGUUCCAUUUUCUGCGAUUUUGGCAGCAAGUUCACGUGCCUCGAUGCGACCGGCGAAAACCCUAUCAAUGGAAUAGUAGCUGGUAUCGACGAGGAGGGAGUGGUAUCUGCUCUUGAUGAGACACGACAUGGCCUUGAGGAUGGUGACUACGUUACCUUCUCCGAAGUCAGAGGUAUGGAGGGCUUGAAUGGAGCUGAGCCGAGAAAGGUCACAGUAAAGGGGCCCUACACAUUCUCGAUUGGCGAUGUCUCCGGGCUUGGUCAAUACGAAGGCGGUGGUCUAUACCAGCAGGUCAAGAUGCCCAAGUUCAUCGACUUCAAGACGAUUUCUGCGGCUUUACGCGAUCCCGAAUUCGUCAUUUCCGAUUUCGCCAAGUUUGACCGACCACACCAACUCCAUGUUGGUUUUGAAGCGCUUCAUGCUUUCGCCCAGUCACAAGGCCGCCUCCCUCGACCCAAGAACGAUGAAGAUGCUGACGUUGUGGUUGCGUCUGUCAAGGCGUUUGUUCAGAAGGAAAAAUUGGACCUCGAGAUUGACGAGAAGCUUAUCAAGGAAUUGAGCUACCAGGCCCAGGGUGAUCUAAACCCUAUGGCCGCCUUGUUUGGCGGACUUACUGCUCAAGAGGUCCUCAAGGCUGUGUCCGGAAAGUUCCACCCGAUCAAGCAGUGGUUCUACUUCGACUCGUUGGAGUCGCUCCCUACCAACUCCGCCCGAACUGAGGAGCUUUGCAAGCCGAUUGGAUCCCGAUAUGAUGGUCAGAUCGCGGUGUUCGGUAAGGAAUACCAGGACAAGAUUGCGAAUAUUAAGCAAUUCCUUGUAGGUGCAGGCGCGAUUGGGUGUGAAAUGCUCAAGAACUGGGCUAUGAUCGGCUUGGGUGUAGGACCGAAAGGUGAAAUUAUCGUGACUGAUAUGGAUUCGAUCGAGAAGAGCAAUCUGAACCGUCAGUUCUUAUUCCGGCCUAAGGAUGUUGGCCAGAUGAAGAGCGACUGUGCUGCUAAGGCCGUGCAGGCUAUGAACCCCGAGCUUGCAGGACACAUCGAGUGCUUGAAGGAUCGUGUUAGUCCCGAGACUGAGCAUAUCUUUAACAAGGAUUUCUGGGAAUCCUUAGAUGGUGUUACCAAUGCGCUCGACAAUGUAGAGGCCAGAACAUAUGUCGACCGACGAUGCGUCUUCUUCCGCAAGCCUCUACUGGAAAGCGGCACCCUUGGCACCAAGGGUAACACACAAGUUGUUCUUCCCAUGCUUACCGAGUCAUACUCUUCUUCUCAGGAUCCUCCUGAGGUAUCAUUCCCAAUGUGUACUCUAAGAAGUUUCCCGAACCGAAUCGAGCACACCAUCGCAUGGGCUCGCGAGCUCUUCGAGACUUCCUUCGUUAAGUCUGCCGAAACCGUCAACCUCUACUUGUCUCAGCCUAACUAUCUCGAUACAACACUGAAGCAAGGCGGUAACGAGAAGCCGACUUUAGAGACGAUCCGUGAUUACCUUGUGACGGAUAAGCCUUUAAGUUUCGAAGACUGCAUUAUUUGGGCACGAAUGUUGUUUGAGAGGCAGUACAACAAUGCCAUUCAACAGCUUCUCUACAACUUCCCUAAGGACUCAACGUCCUCGAGCGGCACUCCCUUCUGGUCUGGUCCGAAGCGCGCCCCCGACCCAUUAAAAUUUGACCCCAAGAAUCCUACCCACUUUGGCUUCAUUGUUGCUGCGGCCAAUCUACAUGCAUUCAACUACAAUAUCAACACCAAGGGCGUCAAUGAGAGUCUGUACUUGAAGGUUUUAGAUAAUAUGAUUGUCCCCGACUUCUCUCCCGACCCCGGCGUCAGGAUUCAGGCGAAUGACAAUGAUCCCGACCCGAACUCCAACAACAACUCUUCUGCCUUCGACGAUAACACCGAGAUACAGAAGAUCAUUAACGGUCUCCCGGCCCCUAACGAGCUCGCCGGGUUUAAGUUGACUCCGGUAGAGUUCGAGAAGGACGACGACACAAACCAUCACAUUGAUUUUAUCACAGCUGCAAGCAAUUUGCGAGCUGACAACUACAAGAUCGAGAAGGCAGAUAGACACAAGACGAAGUUUAUCGCUGGAAAGAUCAUCCCCGCUAUCGCGACCACGACUGCAUUGGUCACUGGUCUUGUCGUAUUAGAACUGUACAAGAUUAUCGACGGAAAGACCGAUAUUGAGCAGUACAAGAACGGUUUUGUCAACCUUGCUCUACCAUUCUUUGGUUUCAGUGAACCGAUCGCCAGCCCUAAGGUCGAGUACAGAGGGCCGAACGGCAAGGUCACGCUAGACAAAAUAUGGGAUCGUUUUGAAGUUUCGAAUAUAACAUUGAAGGAACUGCUUGACGACUUCGAGAAGCGUGGCCUGAACAUUAGUAUGCUCAGCUCGGGAGUAAGCCUACUCUACGCCAGCUUCUUCCCACCCGGGAAGUUAAAGGAGAGAUACCCCCUGAAGCUAAGCCAGCUUGUCGAGACGGUCUCCAAGAAGCCCAUUCCGGACCACCAGAAGGAGCUCAUUUUCGAGAUGGUGGCCGAGGAUCUAGAUGAGGAGGAUGUGGAAGUGCCUUACAUCAAGGUUAAGAUCUGAUGGAUGUGCAGUGAUACUCUGAAUCGGCUCAAUCGGCAAUGCAGAGCAAUAUCUAAUACUCGCUGCUCAGGUG